AUGGGCGUAAAUGAUGAGUUCAGUCCCUUACCUACAGAAGAGGUAGAUGAGGACAUGUCCGCGGGGACGAGAGCACUGGAGGGAUGGAAUAAAUCCGCGCGUCGAGGGGCGGCAUUUCGACUUCUCAUUUCUGUCUUACUCAAUAUCCUGCUUUUCCUCUCUGUGCUCAUUGGUGGAGUCUGGAGCAUGGCCUAUGCUCGCACCUGCCCUGCCGAUUUAGAACAGCCUGUAUGGUCUCCGGCCGCAUCUGCUCUACGAAAUAUUCACGAAAUUUUUCCUAACGCUUUCACCGAGAAGACGCAAUUUAUGGGUGCUCCAUCGGCUAAACUCGACCGCAUUUGGGAAAACCAUUACGACUUGACGACUGGGAUCUCAAAGCAGGAAGCCGAACAGCUUACAGUACCGACUAUUGAGUUCCCAGAGGGUUCAGGGUCAUACGUUGUCCUGCUAGAUAUCUUCCACUCUUUGCAUUGCCUGAACUCGCUGAGGAAGUCCCUACACCCAGAGUACUAUCCACCGUCCUAUUUACGACAUAAUAUGACGGAGGAAGCGGCACUAAGACACACCGGUAGGUCGACGCAAUUCCGCAUGUUUAGCUUGGGUAUGAAUCUCGCUCGUAAGCUCUGA